AUGGCCUCAAAAGCAUCCUAUCGCAUGCUGGUAGUGAACCCGAAUACGAGCGUGGCAAUGACCGACGCGCUACGGCCGGUAGUGCAGCGUGUGCUUGGCGCGUCGGGCGACGUGACCUGCGAGUUCUUCACCGCACCAUCACCACCAACCGGCACCGAGAUACAUCCCGGAGCACUACCAAGCAUCAAUUCGCCAGAAGAUAGCGUCGCAAGCGCCCAAUACGUCUAUCCCUUUGUCGAACCUCUAGUCGAGCAAUAUGACGCCUUCCUUGUCGCGUGUUAUUCUGAGCAUCCACUGGUCGGCAUGCUUGGGCGCGCCAUAGAGACGCGCUCACACAGCGGGCAAUUGAGGAGGAAAUGCUACGUGACCGGGAUAUUCGAAGCAAGUGUACUUGCCAGCCUCGGAUUACUCGCGCAGCUCCCUUCCGAGAACUCUUUCGGCAUCAUUUCUACUGGCAGCGUCUGGGAAACCGCGCUCGCAGACGCGGUCCGCGUGUUCCUCGGAGUCGUUACCUCCAAGAAAUUCACUGGCUGUCGGACGACUGGCAUGACCGCUUUGGAGCUACACGACGCGCCUGCGGAGGACGUACGGGAAAGGAUGGCGGACGCGACGUCACGACUCAUCCGCGAUGCGCCACAGACGCGGGUGUUCUGCCUCGGAUGUGCAGCGAUGGUUGAUGGGGCUGAUGCGAUACGGCUGGGAGCGGCCCGGGCUUUGAGCGAUAGCAAGGACAAGGGCAAGGAUGUCCGUGUUGUCGAUGGUGUAGCUGCGGGAGUUGCAUGGCUACUUGUGGCCUGCCGCGCGCAGUUCUAA